AUGGAACUUGACAAGUGCCUUAAGAGACACGACCUGUCCACUAUCGGAAAAAAAGAGGAUAAAAUCAAACGAAUUAAAGCAGAUUUCUACAUAAAUAGGACCAACGACGCAGCCAUUGAUGCAGAAACUUCAGAUGAUGAUACUUUGUCAGGAGAUGGUGAAUCCGAUUCUGACGAUGAUGAAGUACUUCAGAUAAUUCCAGAAGGCGAUGAAGACGACAAUUCAACUGAGGGAAUGUCUGAGGAUUCUGAUGAAGAAAUUGCAAAUUUGCCAACGAUACGCAGCAGAAGAGCAGCUAGUUUUCCACAUGCAAGAUACGAAGACUAUUAUGUAAUUAACUAG